AUGACCUCAGAAUUAGAUAUUUCGCCUCCUGAUGUUUCAUCUUACGAAAAUCCAACAUCUUCAGCUCUCAAAGGAGCUCAACAAGAAGUUAAAGUAAUUAAACGUAAAUUGAAUGGCUACGUUGGAUUUGCUAACUUGCCAAAGCAAUGGCACAGAAAAUCUGUUAGAAGGGGAUUCAGCUUAAAUUUGAUGGCUGUGGGAGAAAGUGGUUUAGGUAAAAAAACCUUAAUUAAUACUCUUUUCAAUAGGGAAAUCUUACAAGAUGAUCAAGAAGAAGAAGAAGAAGGAGAUGCAGCAGAAGAGCUAGAACCUGAGGUUUCCGUAAAGAUAAAGUCAACAUCAGCAGAAAUAGAAGAAGAUGGUGUCAAGUUGAAAUUAAAUGUUAUCACUGCUCCAGGUUUUGGUGAGUCUAUCAACAAUACUGAUUCUUGGAAACCUAUUACUGAUGAAAUAAAUGGCAGAUUUGAUUCUUACCUUGAAUCCGAAAGUCGAGUUAAUAGAUCUACGAUCGAUGAUAAUAGGAUACACGCUCUCUUAUAUUUUGUUGAACCAACCGGACACUCAUUGAAAUCCUUGGAUAUCGCUUUGAUGAAGCAAGUACACGAGAAGGUGAACUUAAUUCCAGUUAUUGCCAAAUCUGAUACUUUGACCGAAGAAGAAAUAUCUGGUUUUAAGCUCAGGAUCUUAGAUGAUAUUCGUCAUCAGGGUAUUAAAACCUUCAAACCUUAUGAUUAUGAGAAUGACGACGAAGAAACUGUAUUGCAUACACAGGACAUUUUAGAUAAGUUACCUUUUGCUGUUGUUGGGUCAACGAGGGAAAUAGAAACCCCUGAUGGUAGAAUAGUUAGGGGUAGAAGAUAUCCUUGGGGUGUUAUUGAAGUCGACAAUGAAAAUCACAGUGAUUUCAUAAAGCUUCGUCAAUUAUUAGUAAGGAAAUUUUUAGAAGAAUUGAAGGAGAAUACUUCCAAUGUCUUGUACGAAAAGUAUAGGACGGAGAAGUUGGAAAGAAUGGGUAUCAAGCAAGAUGACACUGUAUUUCAUGAAUUUGACCCCUUGGCUAAGCAAGAAGAAGAGAGAGCUUUACAUGAAGCAAAGUUAGCAAAGAUGGAAUCCGAAAUGAAAGCUGUUUUCCAGCAGAAGGUUUCUGAGAAGGAAAAGAAAUUGCAAAGAUCGGAGGCUGACUUAUUUUCAAGACAUAAGGAAAUGAAGGACAAAUUAACAAAACAAAUCAAGUUGUUGGAAGAUAAAAAAGCGCAAUUAGAAAAACAGAAAUCUUUGCCACAAGAACCUGCUGCUCCUGCUCCACAAAAGAGCAGAAAAGGAUUUUUGCGUUGA